AAACCAACCGGAACAGAAGUGAGGAAGAAUGUGGCUAUGCGGGCGCCCACAUGAGAAGUGGCCGGAAUUGGGGUGAAUGCCGACUGUGACAACUGUUACGCCUUCGUGGACCAAUCACUUUCUCUUUGCACUUUCCAUAUUUCAAUUCCAUUAAUAUCUCAGACUCAGACACAGUUUCUUCUCCAAACAUGGCGGCGAUUUUCUCUUCUUUCGUCUUUACUUACUCGCCUCUUCCCAAACCUCCGUCUUCAUCCUACUCCCGAAUCCACCUUCUUCCGCACCAUCAUAAUCCACCACUUCACAGGGUUCGGGCAUCUCUCCUACAGGAUAAUGAGGAAAAAGUGAUCCUACACGAUUCCCUCCCCUCUAAAACAUCUCUUCACACCGUUCAAUCAACUACGGACGACUCAAUUAACACCUCACCCCCCAGCGCGUUCGAGAAACGUGUUAUCAAGUUCGAACAAUCAGUAAAUGUCUUUCUCACGGAUUCCGUCAUAAAGAUUCUUGAUACUUUGUACCGUGAUAGACAUUAUGCAAGGUUUUUUGUGCUUGAAACUAUUGCCAGGGUUCCUUACUUUGCCUUUAUGUCAGUUCUUCACAUGUAUGAGAGUUUUGGCUGGUGGAGGCGGGCAGACUAUCUGAAAGUGCAUUUUGCUGAGAGCUGGAAUGAAAUGCACCAUUUGCUCAUCAUGGAAGAACUAGGGGGGAAUGCUUGGUGGUUUGACCGGUUUCUUGCUCAACAUAUUGCAAUAUUUUAUUAUAUCAUGACAGUUUUAAUGUAUGCGAUAAGCCCAAGAAUGGCAUAUCACUUUUCUGAAUGUGUAGAGAGCCAUGCAUUUGAAACUUAUGACAAAUUUCUAAAAAUCCAAGGAGAGGAAUUGAAAAAAAUGCCGGCUCCUGUGGUUGCUGUGAAUUAUUAUACAGGAGAUGACUUGUAUUUAUUUGAUGAAUUUCAAACUGCCAGAGUUCCAAAUUCUAGAAGACCUAAGAUAGAUAAUCUGUAUGACGUAUUUGUAAAUAUCAGAGAUGACGAAGCUGAACAUUGUAAAACAAUGAAGGCUUGUCAAACCCAUGGGAACCUCCGGUCACCUCAUUCAUAUUCAUCGGAUGAUGACGGCUCAGUCUGUGCUCUUGAAGCAGACUGUGAAGGAAUAGUGGACUGUAUAAAGAAAUCUGUUACUUCUGAUCCAGCUAAGGUGAACUAAGAUAUGUGGCACAAGCACAAUACAAAGUGCAGUCAUUUAAAAAUAAGAUACGAGGCAGGAAUAAUGGUUGGAGUUCAUAUAUAGUUAAAAUUUGGAUAUGGUCUCAAUUCAAGUGUAACAACGGUCUUUAUAGUCAAUAAGGUUUAUUCACCCUUGAAUUUUAUUCGAUCUAGAUCAUGAAAUAUUUUAAAUUAAAUCGAGUGGAUACAUCUUGAUUAGAGAUGAAUAUACUUUAGAGGAUUUUUUUUUUUCUUGAAACUUUUAUCCAUACAGAGAAUGUAUAGAUCAUGUUUAGUCCAUUCGGGAAUGUAUAAGGAAUUACUUUCUUUUUAAAAAAAAAAAGGAUGAUGAAGGAAUUUUAUGUAUUUUGUUCUAGUGCAGUGUUGAUGAAGUGUUCGCGUCACAUGGCUUACAUGAGAGCUGUAGUUCCAAUGCGAGUAUCAAGUUACUUUUGCACACCCCCGGCACCUCACCCUGCUCUUUCGACAACAAUGUGUCACGACUCAAACAAAAAAUGCAGUUGUUCAUUUAUACUAUACUCAUUCUCAAUGUAUUUGAGCAUUGGAAUUCAAAUAGAUGAAUAGAUUUUGAACAG